GCAUCCUCCCUCAUUGCGCAGAUCUAGGGUUUGAUUGGUGAAAGCAGUGGGGUGAUUAUUACCACAAGGGAGGAAAGUAUGUUUUUAUUAUUUUAAUUGGGCCUAUGUUUUUUUAUUAUUUUUUUUAAACACCAGCGGGCUGAAAACGGUUAUUCUUAAUUCCCAUUUCUUGCGUUCGGAGUUGGCAAGAGAACAAUAGACUGGCACCCAGGCUAGGCGCAUGUGUCCUAAAAUCUUCUCAACCGUGGACUCUGUCCGCCGAUGACCUAAACCAAGCGCACCUUCUUUCAGCCCAUGACGUCAGAGUGUCCAUCUGGACCAACAAUAUGGACGGGGCUCGAGCGCAAAACUAUCGCUAAACUCAAAGCGGCUGCCUGGUACCCUUACAUCAGCGACGACAACAACGAAGUGACAGCUUUAUUUUGGUAAUCGUGAUUUCAAAUCAUAUUUACUUGAGUGUUAGCGGGGACAGUGGUGGCCUCACAGCCCCUGCAUCUCCUUCCUCUGUGCCCCCCCGUCCUCACCCCGAACCCCCCACCGUGGAGAGCCAGAGUGAGGUACCCAGCCAUGGUGGAUGUGGAGAAGUGGCCCCUCUUCACCCUGCUGGGGGCUCAGGUGGUCUCCCGCAUCAGGCAGGCCUGUGUCUUCGGAACCUCAGCCAACGAAGCCAUCUACAUCACCCAGGACGAUGAGGUGUUGGUGUUUGGGCUGAACUGCAGUAACUGUCUGGGGACGGGAGACAGUCAGAGCACCAUGGUCCCUAAGAAACUAGACUUCCUCCAAGGCAAGAAGGUGGUCAGUCUUAGCUAUGGCAGUGGACCACACAUCUUACUGGCCACAGAAGGGGGAGAGUUGUUUGCCUGGGGGCACAAUGGAUACAGCCAGCUGGGCAACGGGACCACCAACCAGGGGGUGUCACCCAUCCUGGUUUCAACCAACCUGCAGAACAAGAAAAUAACACAAGUGGCCUGUGGGUCCCAUCACUCUCUGGCCCUGACACACGAUGGAGAGGUGUUUGCGUGGGGUUACAACAACUGUGGCCAGGUGGGCUCAGGUGCCACAGCCAACCAGCCAACCCCCCGCAGGGUGACCAACUGCCUGCAGGGUAAAGUGGUGAUGGGCAUCGCCUGUGGACAGACCUCCUCCAUGGCUGUGCUCGACAAUGGGGAGGUGUUUGGCUGGGGCUACAAUGGGAAUGGCCAGCUGGGAGUGGGCAACAACGGUAACCAGCUGACCCCCUGUCGCCUUGCAGCCCUCCAGGGUCUCUGUGUACUACAGAUCGCGUCAGGCUUCGCCCACUCCCUGGCUUUAACAGAUGAGGGCCUGCUGUAUGCCUGGGGGGCUAACACCUACGGACAGCUGGGUACUGGCAACAAGAGCAACCAGCUCAGUCCUGUACACAUCAUGGCUGAGAAGGAGAGGAUAGUGGAGAUCGCGGCGUGCCACUCCACACACACAUCUGCCUGUAAGACCCAGAGCGGCCAGGUGUACAUGUGGGGCCAGUGUAGGGGUCAGUCCAUCGUGCUGCCACACCUCACACACUUCUCCUGCACUGACGACGUCUUUGCCUGCUUCGCUACGCCGUCUGUCAUGUGGAGGCUACUCUCCAUGGAGCAUGAUGACUUCCUGACUGUGGCCCAGUCUCUGAGGAAAGAGUUCGACAGCCCUGAGACGGCCGACCUCAAGUUCAGUGUGGAUGGGAAAUACAUCCACGUACACAAGGCCGUGCUCAAGAUCCGGUGUGAACACUUCCGCUCCAUGUUCCAGUCCCACUGGACAGAGGACAUGAAGGAGGUGAUUGAGAUCGACCAGUUCUCCUACCCCGUCUACCGCUCCUUCUUGGAGUUCCUCUACACUGACAACGUAGACCUGCCCCCAGAGGACGCCAUUGGCCUGUUGGACCUGGCAUCCUACUGUGAGAACCGUCUGAAACGUCUGUGUCAACACAUCAAGAGAGGCAUCACCGUGGAGAACGCCUUCUCUCUGCUCUCUGCCGCCGUGCGAUACGACGCUGAGGACCUGGAGGAGUUCUGCUUCAAGUUCUGUGUGAACCACCUGACAGAGGUGACCCAGACUGCAGCCUUCUGGCAGAUCGAUGGCAACAUGCUCAAGUUCAUCUGCAGAGCCAGCCGCUGUGGGGCCUUCAAAAACUGA